AAUAGUUUUUUAUUUAUUACUCAUUUGGUUUGGCUGGUCGUUUUCGGUUGUAUAGCUCAGUUCGCUAUGGCUAUGGUUGCUGAAACAGAUCUUGGAAAUGCAUCUCAACUUAUACGACAGUCAAUUCCUGAUAUCGAUGAUGCGAUCGUAGAAUAUGUAGUAGGUUAUUUAGAUGAAACACCUUCAAUAGUUGACGGAGAAGAUGCGAUCGGCGAUUUUAUUCGACCGAUUCUGCUUGAUGCUGGUGGCGAUGAAGAAGGAAUUCAUCAACUUUGUGAAAAGUUGUCAAAACUUUUUGCUAAGGUUAAUGAUAAGCCUAGUACAAAUGGACUUGCUAAGUUAGAACAACCAGUAAACAUGCUCACGAGCAAUUCCAUUUCGGCAACAGCGCGUCUAGCUACUUCAUCUAUAGAUCUGGAAGCUGUGAGCGGUAGGAAAGUUGGUACUAGAGUAGACACUAAGAAAUUAGAAAAAGCAGAAGCAAAGAUUAAAGCAAAAAUAGAGAAACGUGAACGUAGAUCUAAUUACGAGGCUAGUAAAUUGAUUAAUAAAAAUGCCGAUAAUGAAUUUUAUAUGCAAGUUAAUCCUAUUCUUGAUUAUACAUCGACAAAAGGAAAGGUUAAAGAUGUUAAAAUUGAAAACUUUGAUAUUUCCUUUGGCGGUAAAGGAAUUCUUUCAAAUGCAAACUUAACAUUGGUAUUCGGUAGACGUUAUGGACUAGUUGGGAGGAAUGGUAUAGGUAAAUCAACAUUGUUAAGAACUAUAUCAAAAAGAGAGAUAGCCGUGCCUACGCAUAUUAGUAUUUUACAUGUUGAACAAGAGAUGGUUGGUGAUGAUGUCGAGGCUAUUCAAGCUGUGUUAAGUGCAGAUGUUUGGAGAGAACAUUUAUUGAAUGAGGAGAGAUCAUUAAAUGCACAGAUUAAUGAGCUUGAAACUUCACCAGAUCCUAAUAUGGAUGAUACUAACCUUGAGCAAAUGAAAGAAUCUUUAAAUGCAAGUCUUAAAGAUAUAUAUCAAAAAUUGGAAGAUAUUGAGAGUGAUAAGGCAGAAGCACGUGCUGCAGCAAUUUUAUCUGGAUUAGGGUUCCCGUCAGAUAAACAUCACAAUGCAACAAAGACGUUUUCCGGAGGUUGGCGUAUGCGUCUUGCGUUAGCUAGAGCAUUGUUUUGUCGUCCUGAUCUACUAUUAUUGGACGAACCGACAAAUAUGUUGGAUAUUCCCGCAGUUGCAUGGCUAGAGCAAUACUUAAAAAAAUGGCCAAGUACACUACUUGUAGUUUCUCACGACCGAGAGUUCCUUGAUGAAGUUGCGACAGAUAUCUUACAUCAGCAUUCGGAACGGCUUGAUUAUUACAAGGGCAAUUUCGCACAGUUUUAUGCUAAUAAAGAAGAACGCCGCAAGAAUCAUCAACGUGAAUAUGAAAGUCAAAUGCAAUAUAGACAACAUUUACAAGAUUUUAUUGAUCGUUGGAGAUAUAAUGCAAAGAGAGCUCCUCAAGCUCAGAGUAAAAUUAAAAUUUUGGAAAAGCUUCCAGUUUUGGAUCCACCAGAAAUAGAAUUUAUUGUGACGUUUAAAUUUCCAAACCCAGAUCCACUUAGUCCACCUAUUCUUCAAUUAGAUGAUGUUAGUUUUAAAUAUGAAACUGGCGAUAAUAUUCUUACAGAUGUUAAUCUUUCCGUUCAGUUGGAUUCUCGUAUUGCAGUUGUUGGUCCUAAUGGUUCAGGUAAAUCGACGUUACUCAAGUUAUUAACAGGUAUACUUGAGCCGCGAUCUGGUAUAGUGAAGCGACAUGGGCGUCUUAGAUUUGCGCACUUUAUGCAGCAUCAUGUAGAUCAAUUAGAUCUUGGUACCAGUCCAGUAGGUUUUAUGGCACAGAAAUAUCCUGGUAAAAGCGAGGAAGAAUAUCGUAGACAAUUGGGAAAUUUUGGAAUCACAGGAAUGACUGGUUUACAGUCAUUAGAAACAUUAUCUGGAGGCCAAAAAAGCAGAGUUACCUUUGCUUGUUUGGGUUUACGAAACCCUCACAUUUUAAUUCUUGAUGAGCCGACCAAUCAUCUUGAUAUGGAUUCAAUUGAUGCAUUGACGAACGCUCUUAAAGAAUUCAAAGGUGGCGUAAUUCUUGUUUCUCACGAUGAGAGAUUCAUUGAUUCGGUUUGUAAUGAGAUUUGGGUUUGUGAUGGUGGAAAAGUCAAUAAGUUUGAUGGAGAUACAAUUAAGCAAUACAGACAAAUGAUCCUUCCAAAAGAGGAGCCUUGAUUAAAUAGAUAUUUAUUUAUUUAUGAAUAAAAUACAAGUCACAAUAUUAUUAUUAACGUACUGUAUAUAUAUGAAUAUCAUAAUAUUAUGUCAAAAUGUUAUUCUAGAAGGGAUUAGUCACUAAUAUUGCUUAUGAAGAAUAGAUCUCAGUACUUGUGUAACAAUGUUGUGAUGUCUUUUUUUCUAUUUUAGUCCAAUCAAAUUAAACUUAUUGUACACGAAUGAAAUUUUUUUUUCUCCACGUUUUUUGAACAUUACUAA